AUGGCCGAGACGAAUGAAGCCCGACUCGCGAGCACCAUUUCCGAGGCAUACGUAGGACUCUCGCAGCUGGCAGAUUCACUGGACAGAACGUACGCGACUUGGAACGCGUUAUCGACCGUGGAAGUGACGCUGUCUGUCGUAGCGAUCAUAUUUUUCUUCGUGUCCUCUGUCGCCAUAUCACCGCCGGCGUUCUCUCCUGCCGUAUUGGUCACCAUCGGCUCCAGGCUGGCGCGCACAGUCGUCAGGUUCUCGAGCACGUGCCUGGUGUGCCAGGCGACCAGCAGCGAGGCGAACCGCGCGGCCCACCUGGUGCAGCGGGUGCUGGCGCGUCGCUUGCUUGGCUCCCGCGCAAGCGCAGACCGGGCGUCGGCGGCGCUGCGGCUCUUGGGAGACUACCUCGGCGCCAGGAAGCUGGCGUUCAGCGCGCGCGGCCUCUUCCCCCUCGACGGCAGCACGGUGUGCGCACUUUCCGGUACCGUCUUCACCUACACCAUCGUCAUGAUGCAGUUCGACUCGUUCGAAGAAGAGCGCACUUACGAUGGGACGACAUAA